AUGGCGUGCAAAGUUACGGGGACCGCUUUCAUCACCGGCGCAGCCUCUGGUAUUGGCAAAGCGACAGCACUGAAAUUUGCAGAACAGGGCAUCACCUCCUUGACACUUUUGGAUGUCAACCUGGCCCAGCUGGAGGGCACCCGCGAUGAGCUCCGCAACACCUUCCCCAAUGUCGAAACCGAGAUCAUGCAGGUAGAUGUCACCAAUGAAGCGUCGGUCGACGAGGCGAUCCGGAAGACAGUUUCUCGGUUUGGUCGCAUUGACAUCGCCGUGAACUCCGCGGGGAUCAGUGGGACACUUGCAAAGACGCAUGAGUUAAGUUUGCAAGAGUGGCAAAAGGUCAUUGACAUCAAUCAGACAGGGCUGUGGCUGUGUCAAAGGGGAGUCAUCCAGCAGAUGUUAACACAAGAAUCGCGAGGUGUCCGUGAAGGUCGCGGAGUAAUCAUUAACCUGUCCUCGAUGUAUGGCAUCGCUACUCCCCCGGCAAACUUCGGAAUCAUUCCAUACACUGCUGCCAAGCAUGCUGUCGUCGGAAUCACCAAACUGGACGCCAAAACGUACGGCAAGGAUGAGAUACGCAUCAAUGCCAUUUGUCCCGGUUAUGUCAACACACCUAUCAUCCGUGCGGGGAUUGAAAGCGGUUCAAUGAACAGCGAGUUCGAAAAAACUCCAUUAGGUCGUCCCGCCGAUCCUGAAGAGAUUGCGGACUCCAUCCUCUAUCUUGCCUCGCCCAUGAGCAGUUUUGUGUGUGGUACUGCGUUGGUGGUGGAUGGCGGAUACACUUUAUGA